GGUGCGCGCUGUAGCUGAAAAUAGGAGUUUCGCCGCUCGAUUCACUCUGGUACACACAGUGGGGUUUUUUGUAGUUUUUUUUUUUUUAGUUGUUCUGCACGUGAAAUGGUUUGGCUUGUUUAUUAGAGAAAAACAAACAGCGAACGUGUCAAAAGCAAAUAUGCAGACGGAGAAGGAGGACGAGGAUGAUGCGUCCUGUGAGGAGUACGUUGCCCGGUCAGAUUUCACUGGAAGUGGCACCGAUCAGCUUAAUUUCAGCAGAGGGGACAGACUACUCGUGCACGCCAAGCCCUCCUCAGAGUGGUGGUGGGCAGAGCUGCAGGGGGUCAUAGGUUAUGUCCCUGCCAGCUACCUGAGCCAGGAUGCUGCAGGGGAGGAGGAGGAGGACCCCUCAAUAGAAGACCCGUGGCAAGAUGAAGAAUACUUUGGCAAUUACGGAACGCUGAGGCUUCACCUGGAGAUGCUGUCAGACAAGAGCCGCACUGAGGCAUACCGGCAGGUGAUUCUCAGCAACAGUGCUUCUCUCAGCAGCAAGAGGGUGAUGGACCUCGGCUGUGGGACUGGCAUCAUCAGUUUGUUCUGCGCUCAGUUGGCACGCCCCUCAAUGGUGUAUGCUGUGGAGGCGAGCUCAAUGGCAGAGUACACCAGACAGCUGGUGAAGCAGAACGGCUGUGAUGAGGUGGUCACGGUGCUCCAGGGGCGGGCUGAGGACAUCGAGCUGCCUGAGCAGGUGGACGUCCUGGUUUCUGAGUGGAUGGGUAACUGCCUUCUGUUUGAGUUCAUGGUGGAGUCAGUUCUGCUGGCCAGGGACCGCUGGCUUAGAGAUGGUGGCACGAUGUGGCCCUCCUCUGGGGCCCUCACCUUGGUGCCAUGUCAGGCCGACAGCUAUUACGCAGAGAAAAUGGCCUUCUGGGAACGGCCAUACGGCCUCGACUUCACUCCUCUUCAGCCUUUGGCACAGCAGGAGUUCUUCACCAAGCCCAAGUUCAGCCACAUCAUUGAACUAUGUGACUGCCUCGCUGCUCCUUGUGAUGUCAUCUCCCUCGACAUGUACACUUUACAAGUGGGAGACCUCGAGGAAAUGAAGGGUCAGUUUCAUUUUUGUGUGGAGAAGUCUGCAGUUUUCCAUGGAUUCACCGCCUGGUUCACUGUUUGCUUCGAGAGCCUGGAGGCAGGAGGCGCAACUGUGGAGCUAAACACUGGCCCCAACUCUGGGCCAACACACUGGAAGCAGACAUUGUUCAUGCUAGACAGGCCACUAAGUGUAUGCGCAGGAGACUCGAUCAGUGGAACCAUUGUCCUCCAGAGAAAUCCUGUCUGGAGGCGCCACAUGACCGUUACCCUGCACUGGACCAUUAAAGGGAGCACAGACAAUCCAGACAACUCCCAGGCUGGAACAAAGAGUUUCCCCAUGUGGAGGUGACACAUAUUCGCUCAUCACCGGUGGAGAUCUAAAAUAGAAAAAAACAGUCUAAUAAAAUUAAACUGCUCGGCUGUGAG